AACAAAAGAACAUCGCAAUGAGACGCUUGACGCCGAGAACCAUUUGCUUGUAGUUGAAUUUCAUAUCAAAAUGCAUAUAAACACUAGUACUUCAAAGCUUAAAGACACUUUAAAAACAUUGGAUGACGUGCGUGUCAAUAUUUUGCAGCCAACAGUCCAAGAUCUAAUCAACAAUGGAACAUUCGACAUAAACAAUUUCACGUUAACGAAUGCUUCAUUUGUGACUUCAAAUAAUUGGGAAAUUACAUGUGAUUCUGGUCAUAUACUGGACCAAUCAAUAUGCAAACCAUGUCCGAUUGGUUACUUUCUUAACGAAACAAGUGAUAAGUGUGACCAAUGCCCAGCUGGUCAGUACAAGGACAUAGAGAGUGAGAGCACAUGCUCGAUAUGUCCAAGCGGGUUCACAACACUAGGAUCUGGGUCCAAAUCUAGAUUGGACUGUGUCAGUAAGUACUUGUCUGUAUGUAUAUAUAUAUGUGUGGUUUAAUAAAAAAGCUAUACU